CAGCUCUCUUCUCUUUCUCCUCUCCCCCCGCGGAUAAGCAACUCUCUCUCUCUCUCUCUCUCUCUCUCUCUGCGUGUGUUCGAUCGGAGCAGAAGCAAUGGCGAGGGCGGGAGGGAUAACGAACGCGGUGAACGUGGGGAUAGCGGUGCAAGCAGACUGGGAGAAUCGCGAGUUCAUCUCCCACAUCUCCCUCAACGUUCGCCGCCUCUUCGAUUUCCUCGUUCAGUUCGAGGCCACGACAAAGAGUAAAUUGGCAGCACUAAACGAAAAGCUCGAUACGCUAGAGCGCAGGCUUGAGCUGCUCGAAGUCCAGGUGGGCACUGCAUCCGCAAACCCUUCUCUUUUCAACACAUGAGGUUCCCGGAACAAUUUGGAAGAGUGCUGUAUAUCUGUAAGUGCCUACCAUCUGAAGGUUCCACAGUCAUAUUAAAGAGCAUCACGAUCUGAAAUUAGUAUGAUAGGGUGGUCUCUACUUAUAUAGUUUCCAGUGUAUGUGAAAGCAUUUUGUUUCUCGGUGUUUCUUCGGACAAUAGCUUGUUCAUGGAUAGAGUAAUGCAAAAAAGAACGGGCUUUCUUCCAUUGUCUUCA